AUGGGUUGUCUGAACUUCACCAGCGGAAAUGAGACUUUGCCUGGCAGGCAUCCGUAUACUGUGCAGACCUCUGUGCCUCUGACUAUUCUGGUGGGUAUCCUCAUCCUGCUGACUGUGUUUGGCAAUGUCAUGGUAGUAAUCGCUGUGAUCACAAGCCGAGCGCUGAGAGCACCUCAGAACUUGUUUUUAGUCUCCCUGGCAAGUGCAGACAUCCUGGUUGCCACCUUAGUGAUGCCAUUCUCUUUGGCGAAUGAACUGAUGGGUUACUGGUAUUUUGGUAAAGUGUGGUGCGAAAUCUACCUGGCUCUGGAUGUGCUCUUCUGCACCUCAUCCAUCGUUCACCUGUGUGCCAUCAGCCUGGACAGGUACUGGUCCAUCACUCAAGCGAUUGAGUACAACCUGAGGAGGACACCGCGCAGGAUUAAAUGCACAGUCUUCAUAGUUUGGGUACUGGCGGCCAUCAUUUCUUUCCCUCCGCUUAUCACAAUGAAAAAGGACGAGGGUAAAGAAGACAGCCCUGAAUGUGAAAUUAAUGAGGAGAAAUGGUACAUCAUAUUCUCCAGCACUGCCUCUUUCUUUGCACCCUGCAUCAUCAUGAUUAUGGUAUAUGUGAGAAUAUACCUGAUUGCCAAGAAAAGAACAAGAGCCCCGCCAGGUGAAAGGCAGAGAGAAUAUGGCAAUCAAGAAGACACAAAGUGUAGUUUGGACCCCCUGGGGAGAAAAGACACAGAAGAAAGGGAAGUGGAAGAGAGGAACGGUAGAGAGAACAACGGGCUGGACGUGGAGGAAGAACCCUCCUCGUCUGAUGGGAAUGAAACUGUCCUAUGUUCCCUGAAGAGGAAGAGGGGUAUGAGAACAACCAGAGUGGCUCAAGUGAAGCCUGGAGAAACCUCGCCAAAGCCAGAAGCGCAGUCCUCCGUGAGAGUGAGCAAGUGGAAAGGAAGGCAGUACAGAGAGAGGCGCUUCACAUUUGUUCUGGCUGUGGUCAUGGGAGUGUUUGUUCUCUGCUGGUUCCCCUUUUUCUUCACAUACACGCUUACUGCUGUGUGUGACACUUGCUGUGUCCCAGAGACGCUGUUCAAAAUGUUUUUCUGGUUUGGUUACUGCAAUAGCUCACUAAAUCCUGUUAUAUACACAGUAUUCAACAAUGACUUCAGGAGGUCUUUUAAAAAGAUCCUUUGUAAAAGGGACAGAAGAGGCUUAUAA